CCGAUCGGUCGCUGCGGUUGCACACGUAGAAAAGUUCUGCUUUCAAACGUGUCGGUUCGAGUGUCUUUGUCUCAGCAAAAAAAUGAUGCCCAGCGUGUUCGCCGUAGUCCUCUGGUUCGUCGGUGUGUACGCCUUGGACACCACGACUCCGAAGCCACCGGGUCAAGGCGAGGGUCAGCCUCCGUUCCCCGGUCCGGUGCCCAUCAUAGAAGUCAAGGACGUCGGAGUCAUUGGCGGAAAGUGCUCCUAUGGUGGACUAAUGCUGGAACCGACCACGCUGAACCUGAUGAAAGAACCCUGCGAAGCCUGGACUUGCGACGCUGAAAACUACACAAUCACCAUUCAGAGAUGCGGAGAUUUCCAGGUGCCACAAAACUGCGAACUGGAGGCCGCACUUGAAGCCUUCCCAAGCUGCUGUCCGAUUCUCAUCUGCGGAGGAAUUUGAGCGCGGAUGCCGCUCGGUGGAAGGAGCGCGAAUUUUGUUCCGGAAGGCUACGAAUGAAACUACAAACAUUUACAUAAAAAAAUAAAACACAAGACCAUUCGCAGCUUUGCGAAUGAGUACUUCCACGCCUUUCACUUUG